AUGGGAGUCUUUUACGAAACGAUUCCGGAUAGCCUGGUAUCAUGGAUCCAUGAACAACAAAUGUUCUGUGUGGGCACUGCACCGCUAUCGGGCAAUGGACAUAUUAAUAUCUCGCCCAAAGGAGGCCAAGGACAGCAGUUUGGAGUGCUGGAUGAGCGCACGUUUUGGUACAUGGAUAUGACGGGGAGUGGGGUGGAGACGACUGCACAUUUGCAUGAGCCAGGGAAUGGGCGGAUUUGCGUAAUGUUUACGGCAUUCACAGGACCCCCCAAAAUUGUUCGAAUCUGGGGCACAGGACGAGUCUUGGAAAAUGGAACCGCAGAGUACGAAGCGUUUGUGCAAGACCGCAAGUUGUCGUCUGCAUUCAGCUCGCGCAGCAUCAUCAUCGUCGACGUGCACCAGUGCGGGACGUCGUGCGGCUUCUCCGUCCCGUACUACGACUUUGUGGGCCACCGGGAUAUCCUGGAGAAGCACUUUGCGACCAAGCAGAAAAAGUACGAGGAAGGAAACAAGGAAGAGUCAAUGGAUAGGUAUUGGGCGUGGAAGAGUCAGAAGAGUAUUGAUGGGCUGCCGGGUAUGAAGAGGGGGGUCGAGUUUGCGGAGAAGGAGGGUGUGGCGCCGCUGAAGAAGAUGGUGGGGAGGUAUGCGCCUGAGAAUCAAGCGAAGGAGGGAGCGAGAGAGAAGUUGGAGCCGGUGCAUUUGCUGCUUGUGUUGUUGCUGGGCAUUGUGAUUGGGGGUGCGAUGGCGCUGAGUGUUGUUACGCCGGAGCGGUUGCAGGCGUUGAGGGAGAAGAGUAUGGUUGUGUGA